UAUUUUUUACUAAAACAAUAAUAUAAACACGUGUGAAUUCUUGAUGUAUUAGAAACUACUAAUUUUGAUUAAUUUUUACUGAAUAACAUACCUAAGUAGUUAACUAUUAGUUUUUUUUUAAUUCUUCUACAUUAUACUAGUGUUAUGGAAACUCACGUUAAUUUUCAUGAGAUGAGUAUUGACGAUCGUAUACUUAAGGCAAUAGCUAAUAUUGGAUGGACUGAACCAACAUUAGUUCAAGAAAGAGGAAUCCCACUUAUUUUAGAAGGUAAAGAUAUGUUAUUAAGAGCAAGAACUGGAUCAGGAAAAACAGCAGCAUUUGUAAUUCCAGUUUUACAAAAAAUAUUAAUGUCAAAAGAAUUAAAUGCCAAUCAAUAUAACAUAAAAACAUUGAUUUUAGCCCCUAGUAAAGAACUUUGUCAUCAGAUUUUUAAAAAUAUUCUUCAGCUCACUAUAAAAUGUUCUAGAGAUGUAUGUUGUGUUGAUAUAUCUGCGCAAAUAGAUAUGAAAGAACAACAGCCUUUAUUAAUUACUCCACCUGAUAUUAUUGUAUCUACACCAGCAAGAACUUUACUUCACUUGCAAGCAAAAAAUAUAUCUUUUGAUAAACUUCAAACGGUAGUUGUUGAUGAAGCAGAUCUAAUUUUUUCAUUUGGCUACGAAGAAGAGAUAAAAGAAAUUUUUAGAUUUUUACCAAAAAGUUACCAAGCUGUAUUAGCUAGUGCUACACUUUCUGAAGAUGUUCUUAAAUUAAAAAAACUACUUUUACAUAAUCCUGUAACUUUGAAACUUCAAGAACCUGAUUUAGCUCCAUUAUCACAAUUGUCUCAUUUUACAUUAAAUGCUGAAGAGGAAGAUAAAGCUGUAAUUUUAUACUGUUGUUUCAAAUUGAGGCUUAUUAAAGGAAAAACAAUAGUUUUUGUAAACACUGUUGAUAAAUGUUACAAGUUAAAACUAUUUUUAGAACAAUUUGGUGUCCAGAGUUGUGUUUUAAACUCAGAAUUACCUGCUAGUUGUCGAUGUCAUACUAUAUGUCAGUUUAAUGAUGAUGUAUAUGAUGUAAUAAUUGCAUCUGAUGAAAAUUCGUUGGAUGAAGAACACAAAAUACAAUCAAACAAAACCAGCAAACGUAAACAUGAUAAAGAAUUUGGAGUUGCCAGAGGAAUUGAUUUUCAGUCUGUAUCUGUGAUAAUUAAUUUUGAUUUUCCAUUAGAUAUUUAUUCUUAUAUACACAGAGUAGGACGUACAGCUAGAGGUAAAAACAAGGGUUCAGCUAUAUCAUUUUUGAACAUAAAAGAACAAGUUAUUUUAAAAGAUGUAGAAAAAUAUAUAAAAGAAGGCACAUCAGAAAAAAAUGAUAUAUUUCAACCAUUUAAUUUUAAAUUGGAAGAAGUGGAGGGAUUUAGAUAUAGAGCAAAAGAUGCAUGGAGAGCUGUUACAAAAAUAGCUGUCAGAGAAGCUCGUCUAAAAGAAAUAAAGACUGAAAUGCUUAAUUCUAAAAAACUAAAAAGAUAUUUUCAAGAAAACCCUCGUGACUUGUUAUCUUUACGUCAUGAUAAAGCAUUACAUACUGUAAAACUUCAAGAUCAUAUGGCAGAUGUUCCUGAUUACAUGAUUCCCACAUCUUUAAAAGAAUUUUUAAAUAGUCAGCAAGAUAUAUCUGAUAAUAAGACAUCAAAUAAAAAAAAGAAAAUUGGAAAAAAAAGUAAACAGGUUGGCUGUAGGAAUUAUGAAGAAAAAAGAAAAAACCCUUUAGCUGCAAUGGAAUAUUCGGGACUGAAAAAAAUAUAAAACAUUAUUUAUGUAAAUCAAUGAUUGUUUAAUAAACAUUUAAAUUUUCGA